AAAAAAAAUGUGAGGAAGAUAUGUGUCUUUGUGAGGAAAAUAUAGAUAGUGACGAUGACAAUUUUGAUUUUUGCAUCUAUAACGAUGUAACUGUUGACUUAGAAAGCAGUUAUAGUGACAGCAGCGAUAGUGAUAUUCUUGCUCCAGGAAGAAGAAGAAAAAUAAGAAAACUUUCAUCGAGUGACGGAAGUGCAGAUGAUGGAGAAUUACAGCAAGAGAAUCUAACUAAGAGUAUUUGUAACGUAAGAUCUUCUGAUUGGCAGGAAAUUUUUAACAAAGAUAUCAUUCCACUACAAUUUGAAUUUUCGACUGGUACAAAAAUUCCUGGUCCGCAGGUACACAAUUUAUGUGUGCCUAUUCAGUACUUUCAAUUAUGUUUUACUAAUGCCGAAAGAGGAAAAGAAAAAGCGUCUUGUUUGUUCACCGAAAUGAAGUAAUGCGGCAAAAAAAACAAACAGUUUCUACUGUGAAACCUGUGAACGCAAACACGGUUUGCAUCCCGAUGAAUGUUUUAAAAAAUUCCAUACAUUACUCAAUUAUAAUUAAUAUAAAUAUUGUAAUCAAAAUUAUAUUACUUCUGAGAUGAAUAAAGAUUGUUUUGAAUGA